AACGGAAGACGAUGAUUUUACUUAUGAUAGAAGAAAGGAGCAUAUGUUGUAUAAGGCUGUUCUGAACCUAUUAGCCAAGGAACAUGCUCAAGCUAUAAAAUAUCUCUCUAUUGCCAUAACGCAACUGGAUGCUUACGUACCAACUGGUUGUCAGACUACGUGUCGUGUUAUGAAUGAGAAGUCUUCCGCAAGCAUAGAAAACUUCUGGAUGUCGAUCGAUAAAAAACUCAGCAACGAAAGAAAGGAACAUAUAGAGACAAAGUGGGACAUCGAGGAUGACGAAAAUAAGACACAGACGUACCAAGAAAUAAUUUUAGAUGUCGGGAAUAAUCCGCUUUAUGUAACUGAACACAUCGAGAAGAAUGAAGUAUGUGGAGUCUCAACAUCUACAAUUCCUACAACUCCUCACAGUUAUAAGGUUUCGAACGAUUCAAGUAAUGAAGUUGAGCCUCACUCAACACCAAAUACUCCUACGACUCCUUCUCCUCCCCCUUCAUCUCACAAUUAUAAACAACCACGAUUCAUAACUAAUAAUGAAUACAUGGAUAUGAUUUGGUCUCCCUGGCAGUUUGAUGCAAUUAUUUGCGAAAUAGAUAUCGAAGAGAAAUUAAUAGGCCUAUGUGAGAAAAAAAAGAAAGCAAAGAAGAAAUCGUCAUUAAGUUAUGGUAUUGUCGACCUGAAUGAUAGUAGAAUCAUGGAUGUCAUGGGACAAUCUGUAAAGUUUUAUUUUGAAGCAGAAAUGAAGAAGUAUAUAUCACGAAUCACCACCAGCAGCAACAAAUACAACCCAACCAUUUAG